AUGCUCGUUUUCCUGCUCUCAAUCGUCAUUGCUGCCUCGUACGCUGCAGUCGUCGGCCUCUCAGCUGGUACCGGUGUCAUUGCUAGUAAACACAGCGAUACAAACUCAAAAUCCUUUUCUUCCCUUGACAACGGCUGCUCCGACAAAGAUGAGAAGACCACCGGCAAGACAGAACAAACCGCCUUCUUUAACCAACCAACAUUCACCAUGUACUGCAACAAGGACGGCUUAGGCCUGCUCUUUUCACUCUUCGCCUCCGACUUCAAUAAUUGCAUGUGGGCAUGUGCGUCGUGGAACUAUUACAACUCGACAAAGGGUACCUGUGUGGGGGUUUCGUAUAUCCCUCUCUGGAGUGACAUGGUGGCAGCGAUGGAGGGCACAGCUUCAGGGGAUUGCUACCUCAAAAACAGGCCACAAACUUACCAGAAUAUCACAAACCCGCAAAUCGGAACAAAAUGUCACGUGGCUUUCUUGGAGUAG